AUGUCAUAUAAUCGUCUAGACCGUCCUGGCUUCGGUCACCACGAAGACUCCUACGAUAUGGCGAACACUCGCCCAAACCGAACUCCUUCGCCAGGCGAUCCUCGAAUGCAUGGCUAUCAACUAGAAGAUCCCUCUCCGUAUGGUGGAGCUUCUAAUGCUCCUGCUCCUGGCGCGCACAACCUCGAGAUCCCUAUGGGUCCAGGACGAUAUGGUACACCCAGUGAUCGGUUGCAGGUACAACCUACGUACUCGGUGGAAAAUAUCGGUAAUUCAUAUGGGCAUAAUGAAGAAUAUGAUCAAAGCCAUCCCUUGGAUCAAAGCCAUAACUACCAACAAGACUACGCCAUAAAUCCCCAACAGCAUCACGAUGCUUACUAUCAACCACCAUAUCAACCGUCACCAGAUGAGCAUCCAAUGCAGCCUUUUCCUGGCCAGCAGCAUGAGGCAGGCUACUACGACCACGAUGAUGAUCACAGACCUAUACUGCAGUCAGAUACAUCAUAUGGGCCAGACCCGCAUACUCUAGAAAAUGAGUACAAAGAUUACGAUGGACCUGCUGCAGACCCCCCUCUUACGCCCACACCCGGCCCAGGGUUGCGGAGAUGGAAGACAGUAAAAGAGGUACAGUUGUUCAACGGAAAUCUUGUACUGGACUGUCCGAUUCCACCAAAGUUGUUAAACAUGGUUCCUCAUGCCGAGCCACCUGAACGAGACGAAUUUACUCACAUGAGAUAUUCUGCGGCAACGUGCGAUCCCAGCGAGUUCUUCGAAGAGCGCUUCACGUUGAGACAGAGACUCUUUGCGAAGCCCCGACAUACGGAGCUUUUUAUCGUAGUCACUAUGUACAACGAAGAUGACGUUUUAUUCGCCCGUACAAUGAGCGGUGUUUUCAAAAAUAUCGAAUACAUGUGUUCACGGAAAGAUAGUAAAACCUGGGGCAAAGACGCUUGGAAGAAGAUUGUCGUGUGCGUUGUUAGCGAUGGUCGUGCUAAGAUCAACCCAAGGACCAGAGCCGUUUUGGCAGGAUUGGGUGUUUACCAAGAUGGAAUUGCAAAGCAGAAAGUUAACGGCAAAGAUGUCACGGCACAUAUUUACGAAUAUACUACCCAGGUUGGAAUAGCCGUGAAAAAGGAAGUGGUGGAGCUUCGUCCUAAGCAACAACCAGUACAAAUUCUAUUCUGCUUGAAGGAGAAGAAUCAGAAAAAGAUCAACUCGCACAGAUGGUUCUUCCAAGCUUUUGGGCGUGUUCUCGAUCCAAACAUCUGUGUUCUUAUCGAUGCCGGUACUAAGCCUGGGAAGGACUCAAUUUACCACUUGUGGAAGGCUUUCGAUUUGGAACCUAUGUGCGCCGGAGCAUGUGGUGAAAUCAAAGCUAUGUUGGGUACUGGAGGUAAGAACUUGAUCAAUCCUUUGGUCGCGACGCAGAAUUUCGAAUACAAAAUGAGUAAUAUCUUGGAUAAACCUCUCGAAUCGGCUUUUGGAUUCAUCUCGGUCUUACCUGGAGCUUUCUCGGCAUAUCGUUAUGUCGCGUUGCAAAACGACAAGGCUGGAAAUGGUCCCUUGGAAAAGUACUUUGCUGGUGAAAAGAUGCACGGUGCCAAUGCCGGUAUCUUCACUGCCAACAUGUAUCUGGCCGAGGAUCGUAUUUUGUGUUUCGAGCUUGUGUCCAAAAGGAACUGUCACUGGAUUCUUCAAUACGUCAAAUCAGCAACUGGAGAAACCGAUGUGCCCGAUCAAAUGGCGGAACUGAUUUUACAACGACGAAGAUGGCUCAACGGUAGUUUCUUCGCGGCAGUCUAUGCUCUCGCUCAUUUCUACGAGAUUUUUCGUAGCGACCACAGCUUCAUGCGGAAAAUUAUGUUCUUGGUUGAAUUCAUAUUUCAGACAAUCAACAUGAUCUUUGCAUGGUUUCAACUCGGCAACUUUUUCUUGGUAUUCCAUAUAUUGACAACAUCCCUGGGUGGCGAUAAUCUUCUGGGUACUGUGGGGAAAGUCCUUGGGGUUGUGUUUGAAUGGCUGUACCUCUUUACGCUUCUUACUUGUUUUGUCCUCGCAUUGGGAAAUAGGCCUCAAGGAUCAAACAGAGCAUACAUGGCCAUGGUUUAUUUCUGGGCUAUUAUCAUGUGCUAUUUGAUGUUUGCCUCCGUUUUCAUAACGGUCAGGUCAAUUCAGGAGCAGACGAAGACCGGAUUCGCCGUAGCCGACAUUUUCAAGAACCAAAUAUUCUACACCUUGAUUAUUUCCUUGGCAUCAACAUACCUGCUAUGGUUCGUUGUGUCAUUCUUGUUCUUCGACCCGUGGCACAUGUUUACAUCUUUCCUUCAAUAUCUCCUCCUCACACCAACCUACAUAAACAUUCUCAACGUUUAUGCCUUCUGCAAUACCCACGAUAUCACAUGGGGAACAAAAGGAGACGACAAAGCCGAAAAGCUUGGCGUUGUGUCCACCAAACCAGGCGGAAAAGUCGACGUCAACAUCCCAACCGACGAUGGAGAUCUCAACACUCAAUACGAAGCCGAAAUGCGCAAGAUCGUCUCCAAGGCACCACCAGAGAAACGCGAACGUGGAGCCGACGAGAUUCAAGAGGAUUACUACAAGGGUUUCCGUUCCCGCGUCGUCAUCUUCUGGCUUGUCUGCAAUUUCUCGCUCGCAGCCGUCGUUCUCAAUACCGGUGGUCUGUCACGACUGGGUACCAAAGAAUCGGACACGGUUGAAUUGGACGAUGAUACCACGAGUAACAUCUACAUGGCUGUCGUUCUAUGGUCAGUAGCCGGACUAUCAUUAUUCAAAUUCAUCGGCGCGAUGUGGUUCUUGAUCGUUCGUAUGUUUAGAGGUGUCUAA